AUGACAACCUUGCACUACUUGCCUCCCGUGAAGCCAUCGGCUAUCGCCCUGGGAACGUUCUUCACCCACACUGCCUCCCUGGGCAUUCUUGCACCUCUCUUCGGAGACACCUACCACCGCGCCCAGGCCGCCAACUCCAAGGAGGAGUUCAUCAAGUCAAAGGAAGCUGCCGGCGCCGCUGCAGCAUGGGGUAGUUCCCUGGCCGGCAGUGCCGUCCAGACCUACGGUGUUGCCGCAUUGAUCAACGCCACUGGCACACUCAGCUACAAGGGUGCCGCCUACCUUGGAACGUUGAUCUUCUUCGCUAGCUCUGCUCCUGGUGUUGUCUCUCAAGUCUUUGCUGAGAAGAGACCCCUUGACACAGUGGCAGUUGGUGCCGUGUCUCGGGUCUUCGAGACUGUCGGACUCAGCUUGUUCUUGACCUGGUGGGGUACUCGUACCAACCCCUUUGAUUAG